CCUGAGAGCAGACACACACACACACACACACACACACAUUAUUCUGCACAAAACUAGCCAUUCAUAAAUGUUCAUUUCUCAACUUCAGGACUGACAAAAGCAGACAUAAGCAAUAAACAAAGCUGAAGCUGCAGUGUGUGAGGAGAAUCAGAAUGUCAGCGGCUAUAACAGACAGGUUGGGCUUCACUGUGGGAGACUAUGCUGUGUUCGGCGCCAUGUUGGCCGUCUCCAUGUUUAUCGGCGUAUUCCAGUCUCUGCGCUCACGUGGGCGGAGCUUCUCAGAUUCAAACACAGUGGAGAAUUUCUUCAUGGGAGGGCGGAGCCUGGGGGCGGUACCAGUGGGUGUGUCUCUGUGUGCAAGCUUCAUGUCGGCCGUGCAGGUGCUGGGGGUUCCGUCUGAAUCAUACCUGUACGGCUUCAAGUUCCUCUACAUGUGUUUGGGGCAAGGCAUCAACUCCUUCCUGACGGCCACACUGUUCCUCCCUGUGUACUACAGACUGACCAUCACCUCCUCUAACCAGUAUCUGAGGAUGAGGUUCGGCAGAGGAAUGCAGCUGCUUGGGAGUCUGCAGUUUCUUAUAGCCACACUCCUCUACACUGGCAUUGUUAUCCUUGCUCCUGCACUCAUCCUAAAUCAGGCUACAGGCUUGAACAUGUGGGCGUGUCUGAUCUCCACCGGACUCAUCUGUACGUUCUACACAAGUGUGGGCGGAAUGAAGGCCGUUGUGUGGACAGAUGUGUUUCAGGUCGUCGUUAUGCUUUUGGGUUUCGUCGUUACCUUCGUUCACGGCACUGUCCUGGCAGGAGGACCAGCCAGAGUCCUGGAGAUUGCCAACAACGGAUCACGCAUCAACUUUAACGAUUUUGGGUUGGAUCCUCAGAGGCGGUACUCGUUCUGGAGUUUUACAGUCGGAGGGACGAUGGUGUGGUUGUCCAUGUACGCAGCGAAUCAGGCUCAGGUGCAGCGCUACAUCUCCUGCAGGACGGAGAGACAAGCAAAGUGGGCUUUGUUGAUCAAUCAGGUGGGUUUGUGUCUGAUUGUGAGCAGCGCAGCUACAUGUGGUAUGGUGAUGUACGCUCUUUAUUCACACUGCGAUCCUCUCAAAUCUGGUCGAAUCUCUGCACCGGAUCAAUACAUGCCGUAUUUCGUACUGGAUAUUUUUCGGGAACUUCCUGGAUUUCCCGGACUUUUCCUCGCCUGUGCAUACGGAGGAACGUUAAGUACGGUCUCGACCAGCAUUAACGCCAUGGCUGCGGUUACGAUGGAGGAUCUGCUGAAGCCGUUUCUGAUCGACUCGUUAGAGAGGAAACAGAUUCAGCUCUGCAAGUUACUGUCGUUUCUGUAUGGAGUCGGCUGCAUCAUAACGGCAGCUCUCUGCUCUCUCCUGGAUUGGGGAGUUCUGCAGGGCUCGUUUACAGUAAUGGGCGUGGUUAACGGGCCGCUCCUGGGCACUUUUAUCCUGGGUAUGUUCAUCCCAGCUGCAAAUAAACCGGGUGCGUUUGCCGGCGUGGCGGUGGGGUUCUCUCUCGCUCUGUGGCUCGCUGUUGGAAGCUCCAUUUAUCCUCCAACCCCACAGAGAAUGGGUGUGUUACACACCAGUGCAGACUACUGCCCUUCAGCUAACAUUACACACAACUCCACCAUGCUAACAACACCAUCACCUACGCUGUCACCUCCAGGACCUGCAGAGAACCGGCAUGGUGGUCUUCAGGAUUUUUACUCCAUAUCUUACCUCUACUUUGGAGCUCUGUCCACUGGAGCAUCUGUGCUAGUUGGAAUAGUGGUUAGCUACCUAACAGGACCGACACAGAGAGGCUCCAUCCAGCCUGGUUUGCUGUGGUGGGAUCUGAAACCUCACCGUGAUGCUCCUCAGGAAAGCACAGGUGAAUCGAUGACCCUGAAUCCCACCAUCGUCCUUCUGAACCCUGAGAAAGACGUCGAUAAAGAGCAAAAAUCUGUAUCUGUUUUGUGAGGAACGUUUGUGUUGGUUGUGUAUUUAGAAAAGGACAUGUGUCUUUAUGAAUGUGUGUUUUAUAUUUUCAAAUACAACCAAAUCCUCACAGUGGGAUGAAUAAUUCUUCCUUCUGUUGAUUUCUCUCUCUCUCUCUCUCUCUCUCUCUCUCUGUGACUGCGACAGACACAAACCCACAGACAUUUAAUGUCUAACAUUCCGUACAUUCCUCAUGAGACCUGAAUCAAUAGCGUUGAUAUUCUUAUCUUUAUUUAAAUAUGCUUCAAUCAGCACAUUUCUGACACACCUUUCAGCACUUCCUUGGUUACACCACACACCUGCACUACACCUGUCUGUCUCCUAAUCCCACAUGUGUAUUCAUUUACAGACUAAAGAGGAAGGAGAUUAAAUUAUGAAAAUCAGUUGAGUCAGAAUGGACUAAACAUUUCUAAUUUAAUAUUACCCAUAAAUGCUAACCUGCAUGAAAACUGGCGUUGACUGCUGGGUAUUUAAACAAAUUUACACACGUUAAUGUACAUUUCAGUUUUAUUUAUACAGCCGUUUUAACAGCAGACAGUUUUGCAAAGCGGCUUUACAGAAAUCUGGAUGUAGGUUUAGAUCUCUGCUGAACAAAGCAGAGGCGACGAUGACAAGGAGCAGAGAAGAGAAGAGUGAAGACAGACAGUAGUGAGUGUGUGUACAGGAUGUUCAGUAUGUGCAGAGUGUGAAUAAGGGAAAAAUCCUGAGAUGAGCAACAGGACGCUGUUUAUGAUUACAGCAGCAGAGUCUACAGAAUCCAGGACAGAUUAAACGCUGAAUAAACACUGAGAGUCGGAAAUGAACUGUUUAUAGUGGAGCAAUAUAUAAUAAAAAAAAGAGGAAGUGAAAUGGAAUUAAAGACAGUAAAAUUUGAUAAAUAUACCCAAGACUGUGGAGCUUCGCUGGUCACACCCCGACUUACAAAGAUAAUACAUAGCUAUGGCUUAGUCACAUGAGGAAAAGAGAUUAAUAAUAAAGAGCGAUCAUUGUAUUGUACCUCAAACUGGAGUGUGUGUGUGUGUGUGUGUGUGCGUGUGUGUGCGUGUGU